AGCCGCAGGAGAACAAAGACGAAAGAGAGAAAGACAUUCAUUCGGAAGGGCAGAGCAGCCGACUGCCGACCGGCCGUGGGAGAGGAUCGACUUCGAGUGUUGGUUGGCUUUCCGGCGAGAACGAGAGAGCAAAUAAAAUGGCGCGCGGCCUUCUGGAGGUGCAUCUGGUCCACGCCAAGGGCCUUUCCGGCACCGAUUUCCUUGGGAAGAUAGACCCGUAUGUGGUGGUGCAGUUCCGGAGCCAGGAGCGCAAGAGCAGCACCGCCGGAGAUGCGGGGAGGAACCCGAGCUGGAACGAGGUCUUCAGGUUCCAGAUCAACUCCUCCGCGGCCAACGUGCAGGAUAAGCUUGUCCUCCGGAUCAUGGACCACGACAACUUCUCCAGCGACGAUUUCCUCGGCCAAGCAACGAUCAAUGUGACUGACCUCAUCAGCAUGGGCAUGGAGAGCGGCACGUCGCGGCUGAACCCGGCCAAGUACAGGGUGGUCACCGCCGACAACUCGUACCACGGCGAGAUCAAGAUCGGCAUCACCUUCACCGCCGCAAAGGUUGAAGAAGACGGAGCACAGGUUGGGAGUUGGAAGAUUGUAUUUCCUUGUGUGUUGAUUCUGUUACAGAGAUUACAAUAUAUCCUCGAGAGAGAGGGAGAGAGGACCCGGGAGAGUAGGCACGCAGGCCCAACGGGUCGGAGGAGAUCCAUAAUUCUAGGAUCAGACUACGUACAGUAUAUUACAACACAAGUACAAUGUACACUUGUCAAUACCCCCCUCAGCCGGAACACCAUUAGGAAGGGUGUUUAGGCUGGACCGAAACUCAUGAAAAAUCUGUGAAGGAAGCCCCUUGGUGAACACAUCGGCAUAUUGGGAGCUUGACGGAACAUGAAGCACGCGUACCUCGCCAAGUGCCACACGAUCCCGAACAAAAUGCAAGUCUAUCUCGAUGUGUUUGGUCCUCUGAUGCUGAACAGGAUUGCUGGCAAGGUAUGAGGCACUGAUAUUGUCACAGUACACCACAGUAGCACGAGUUGGUGGCACCUUGAGCUCGAAAAGUAGCUGCCGCAACCAGCAAGAUUCGGCCACACAAUUGGCAACGCCACGAUAUUCAGCUUCAGCACUCGAACGGGAGAUGGUGGGUUGUCGUUUUGAGGACCAGGAGAUAAGAUUGGUGCCAAGAUAGACACAGAAACCGGACGUCGACUUGCAGGUGUCCGGGCAACCUGCCCAAUCCGCGUCUGUAUAGGCCGUGAGAUCCUUAGAGGGCGAACGAAAAAUCUGUAGGCCAUAGUGAGAGGUGCCUCGGAGAUACCGGAGAAUGCGCUUCACAAGCUGCAUGUGGAUAUCGCGGGGUGCAUGCAUGAACAAGCAGGCUUGUUGAACCGCAUACGCAAUGUCGGGUCGUGUAAGAGUUAGGUAUUGUAGUGCACCAGUCAGACUGCGGUAAUAGGUGGGGUUGGAAAGCAGUUGCCCAUCAUGAGAGGACAACUUGGCGGUGGUGUCAACAGGGGUGGAAACCGGCUUGCAGUUGAGCAUGGAGGCGCGCUCAAGAAGCUCUAGGGUGUACUGUUGUUGACAAAGAAAGAGACCGGAGGCGUUGGUGGUGACGUUGAUGCCUAAGAAAUGGUGAAGAGCACCAAGGUCGGUCAUAGCAAAUUCCUUCUUGAGGGCGGUGAUGACAGAGUGUAAUGUGGUGGGUGUGCUAGCGGUAAGGAUGAUGUCAUCCACAUAAACGAGCAAGUACGCAAGAGAGGUGCCAUGAUGCAAGAUAAAAAGUGACGAGUCGCUCUUGGAAGCACGAAACCCAAGUGAAAGCAAGAAGGCUUGGAAGCGAAGAAACCAAGUCCGGGGCGCUUGCUUGAGACCGUAGAGAGACUUACGAAGGAGGCAGACAUGGUCCGGCUUGGAGGAGUCAACAAAGCCAGCCGGUUGUGAAGCAUACACUGUCUCAUUGAGUUCACCGUGUAGGAAGGCAUUUUUGACGUCAAGCUGAUGGAUGGGCCAAGAGUGAGAGGUGGCAAGGCUCAACACGACCCGAAUUGUGGCCGGCUUGACCACAGGAC